UUCACGUUAAAAACACUUUUUAAAUAUGGCGUCGGAACCGGACAAAAGUGAAGAAAAUCCCAGGAAACUCAACGUUUCUAAAGAUGAAGAGGAUAAAAAAGUCGGACCUAUUUCAUUUGGUUUCAGUAAAACGUUAAAUAAAUUGAAAACGUCAAGCCAUAAUCGUGACGAGGCUGGCAAGGCAGAAGAGCGAGAUUAUUUAACCGGCGUCGAAGGGAAGGAACUGAAAAGCACCAAGCCAGUGGAGAAGUCUAAAGAGCUGAUAAUCCCCCUAAUCAAUAAGAACCGCUGGUACAGGCCGGAAGGCUCCAGAAAGGGCACCGGGGAGGAUGGCGACCUUCGACCCCCUCAGGAGCAGGAUUCCGUGGAGUCCCAGGCGGUCAAGGAGCUCAUCGAAGAGUCCCAGAGGCGGCAGGAGCAGUGGGAUAGGGGGGAGCAGGCGGACCCCAACCUGUCCAUCCCCCUGCUGAUGCAGAACCAGGUCCCGGGCGGAAUUGAGGAUGGAGACCAGGUCAAGGUUGACCUACGGCCUGAGUCGUCCACAGCAGCAGACUAUGACAGUGUUCCUGUUGAGGCCUAUGGGAUGGCCAUGCUGAAGGGGAUGGGCUGGAAGGAAGGAGAGGGCAUUGGCAGGACCUUCAAACAGGACGUGAAGCCGAUCGAGAACCAGCUGCGUCCGAAGGGUCUGGGCCUGGGAGCCGAUCGCUCGGCCCUGAAGGACCUGGAGCCCAGCGGGCCCCGCCGGCCGCCUAAACCGGGCCAGGAGAAGGACAAGGACGAGGAGGCCUUGGUGCUUGGGCCCGGGGGCUGCGUCCUGGUGCAGUCUGGGGCCCACAAGGACCUCUACGGGAAGAUCGAAGGGGUGGAUCCAGACAACGCCCGGCUGAUGGUGAAGCUCAGCAUUGGUGGGAAGACUGUGACAGUCAGCCAGUAUGCCGUGCAAUUGGUUGGUCGCAAAGAGUAUGACAAGAACAGCAAGGACCUCAGUCGCCUCAGCAGAGCCCACAAGGAGAAGGAGAAGGAGAAGGAGAGGGAAAGGGAGAAGGAGAGAGAGCGGGAGAAGGAGAGAGCGGAGCUGAGGAGCAACGGGCUGGAGGAGAAGAGGAAGGAGAGGCAUGCGGACAGAGAGAGGGACGGAGGGAGGGAUAAUCUAAAGAGGAAGCACCAGGAGUGCAGCGGUGAAAGGGAAAAGGCCCUACCGGUGAAGGAGCCUCGUCUUCCCCCGCCCACCCCGUCCUGGCUCCAGAGAGACCUCAGAGUGCGGUUCAUUGACAAGACCUUCAAGGGGGGAAAGUACUACAACUCCAAGAUGAGAAUAGAGGAUGUUCUGACUCCAGACACCUGCGUGUGCCGCACCGAGGAGGGCAGGCUGCUGGAGGACGUGAAGCAGAGGAUGCUGGAGACGGUGGUUCCCAGGAAGGACUCCGACUUCAUCAUGGUGGUGACGGGGAAGCACAAGGGGCAGGUGGGCCGGAUCCUGCAGAGGGACAAGGAGAAGUGCCAGGCCCUGGUGCAGCUGGAGAGAGAGGAGGAGCACGUCCACGCCCUGGACUACGACUCAGUCUGCCACUACGUGGGCGGCGUUGACAACUGAGGCCCCGCCCACCGCUACCCGGGCGCCCUCGACAACCGAGGCCCCGCCCACCGCUACCCGGGCGCCCUCGACAACCGAGGCCCCGCCCACCACCACUGCACACGCCGCCCCUUCUCCAUCUUAACUGUCCAUCCACGGAAUGAGGGGGGGGGGUUGGGGGUGGAACGGACGUUCUUUCCUACGCUCGUGCAACCAGCAGGGCCCUCCUUGUAUCUGUAUGCCCCCCCACCCCCCCAGGUAAUACAGCUCCAGUGCCCUGCUGGUCUCUAUAGGCCCCCCCAGGUAAAAACGGCCACAGUAAAAGCAUAAUGAAUUGGAUGGGGAAGUCCCUUAGUAAUUAAGACCGUGGUGAACCGAUCGGAUUAGAGGAGAGGACUCUGAAGGGGGGAGGAAAUGAUAUUCGAAAGCCUUUUGCUUUACAGACAUGUGCAGUAUUGGGUGCUCUGUAAACAGAUCGAUGUCACCCAUUUUUACUAAAACUUCAGAGCUUUCAGUCAGUGACAAGAACAGGUUAACCACCCUGUUACGGUUGCGAAUGAUAUGAAAGUAAAAACUUCGCAAGGAAGGUACAGAUUUUAAAUUUUCCUGUCAACAAAUACACAGUUCUUGUUAAAGUGUUGUGCUGUUAAUUAUUUUAUAGUUAUUCCAUCAUGAGAGAGAUAUUUUUGGUUCAGAAUGCUUUUCCUCUUCAGUGAAAAGCUAAAAUGACAACAUCUGAAAUUUUGUUGUGUUCCCCGAAAAGGCUGUAUUUGACCAACAAGCUUACUACUGAAUAAAAUGGAUGCAUUUGUCUUGACCUCUAGUGGCCGGAGGACUGAAUUA